AAAUGUGAUGAGAAUGGUGAUUUUAAAUGCCUUCCAGAUAUAGCAAUAUAAAUAAAAGUUGGCAAGGAGACCUUUGUGAUGUUCCAUUGUGCAAGCGAAAUUGCGAUCCACAACAAGGUUAUUGCAAGCGUCCCAACGAAUGCCGAUGUAAGCUUGGUUUCUAUGGCGAGUUUUGUGAACGAUGCAUCCCACUUCCAGGAUGUCAGAAUGGUGGAUGUCGAAAACCAUUUGAAUGUGUCUGUCACAAAGGAUACGAAGGAAUCUUUUGUCAAGAACCAAUCUGUCGUGAAGGUUGCCAUCCAACGCACGGAUAUUGUGAGACUGCUGGUGAAUGCAAGUGUCGCAUUGGAUGGACGGGUAAGACUUGCAGAGACUGUCAAGUUUUGCCUGGAUGUGUUCAAGGAACAUGCACGAAACCAUUGGAAUGUCGAUGUUUGCCGGGUUGGACAGGCUUCUUAUGUGAUCAAGGCAAUGGAAAUUGUAGUCGUCAUAACGGAUAUUGCAGGAAACCAGGGACAUGUCGUUGCAAGGUUGGAUGGCUUGGAGAUGAUUGCACUAAGUGUCAUCCAUAUCCAGGCUGCAAAAAUGGCAACUGUAAACGACCAUGGGAGUGUAAUUGUCAUAAAGGUUGGGGCGGAUUUCUUUGUGAUGAAGAACUCAAUUAUUGUGAGAAGAAUCCAAAUACAUGUCAAAAUGGUGGAAAAUGUUCGUCGUUAACCAAAGACGAUGGUUAUUUCACAUGUGAAUGUCCAGCCGGAUAUCGUGGUGAGAGAUGCGACCGAACAAACAUGACAUCAAUUAGUAAAGUUUCUGUUGUUACACCACUGUUAAUGGUUCAGACAUCUUCACAAAAACCAUUAUUAAGUGAACGUAAUGCCACAACACCAAUUGCAAUUUCAACAACUGAACUACAACACAUGACUAUAGAGAUGCUUCACAACAACGACGAUAACGAAACAUAAUAUUUUCCUGUUUUUCUGUUGUAAAGUGUCGUAUGAAAUUUCAUCCGCAUUUAAAUUUUUCUCUGUUUAAUAAAAGCUCAUAGUGAUAAUUAA